AUUAAGAGACACUAUUGUUCACUAAUCUGUCUAAUAAGCCUACCUGUAUUUUUCUUUAGUGCUAAUAUAAAAGAAAUAUUAUCGAAUAAAAAUUGCCUGCCUGUAUAAUAAAACAUUCCCUCUAUUAUCAAUCAACAAGCUGAUAGCUAUAUUCAUCGAAUUCUUCAUUGAAUGUUUUAUGCAUAAUUGCAAUACAUACCGGUUGACAACGAAUCAUUCACCAAUUAGAAAAUUUGCAGGUAUUACAUUAAUAAUCAUUCUAGUUAUUUCUUAUAGUAAUAAAAAAUAAAAUCAGCUAUGGUUAAUAUAGCCCGUUAUGUAAUAAUUGUAAGUAUUUGGUGUAUAUUUUUGGUCCAGGCACAGUGGAAAUAUGAAGUAAUCGUGGGUAAUUUCAGUAUAAAUGACAAACCGUCUGUUGACCAAUACGUUUAUGCUGAUUAUAAAUUUUUUUCUAUCGCACAUCGAGUGGUAUCAUAUAGUAGUAAUAAUGUCAUAUAUGGUAUAUGGGCUCAUAAUAUGUGGAUUGAUGGUACUGGAGGAUAUGCAAAAAUUGCAAAUGGUGGAAUAGGUGAAAAAUCUGCAGUCGUUUACUUCAAAUCUCAAUUUAACAGAGGAAUGUCAUUCAGAUUGAGAAUAUAUGCUUCUUCUCAACGUAAAGGUUUCCUACACAAAAUGGAUGAGUCACAUAAUUCAAAUCAAGCAAACGACUCAAUUGGUGUUCAACCACUUUAAGGAGUUUCUGAUUUUAUUAUCAGGAUUAAUAUAUUAUUUUUAGGUUAUAAAUAUAGAGAAAACUUCAACCUAGUGCUACUAAAAUGGUUAAUAGCGUUGUUUUAUGUAUACAAAUAAUAGUUUGUUUUUUGUUAUAAAUAUAUUUAUUUUUUAACAACACGCAGAUUGGUUAACCUCUUUCAUAUGUGAAAUGUUUGCUUUUUUGUCAAAUUCCAUGUUUUCUUUUAGUUUUGCUCAUUUUUCUCGAUAUGUUUGUAUUCCUUUCUUUUCAUUAUAUUUAUAUUUUAUUUUUUGAACCAUUAUUUCUAUUUGGUUCUAAGUAAGUUUCACUCUGAAAUUUUCCUCUUCUGGUUAUAAAGUGCUAUAAGUCUUAGUACUGUUUUAUAUAUUUAUAAUCGAAAUUUCUUUGUCUUGUUCUUAGUUCGUUCUGCCUACAGGAUGUUCUAACCAAAAUUGAUAAUUCUUUGAAAAAUUUUAAAAAUAUUCUUUUAUUUAUAGCCCAAACUUACAAGGCGUUAUACACUUCCAGUUUUCUGUAGAAAAUAAGCAAAGUUGUAGGAGUACGCUGUACUAUAAAAACAAAAUUUAAAAAAAACUAGGUGAACUUUUAAUUUAAAAGUUGUUAGAAGAAACUAGUAUCUAGUUUUAAGACUACUUCAUUUGAUAUUAUCAAUGAUUUCUAUUUAAAUGUUUCAGUUUGACUGAUAUUCUAGUGUAUUAUAUUUAAAAUUGUUUGAAAUUAACAGGUUUUUUAAUUCAUCUAUCUAUUAUGAAGACAGUUUUUUAUAUAAUUCAUUCAUAAUUUAAGGAAACAAAUGUUCGAACAACUAAAUUAUUAACUAACUGUAUUAUUAUGUAUUUAAAUAAUUACCAAUGUUAUCUCAAUAUCAGAUUUCAGUCUUUAAAAAGAUUACAUUAUCCAUGGAUAAAUUGAACCAAUGAUAUAAUAAUUAUUGUAUAUUGUGAUGAUAAAUUUAAAAUACAAAUUAAAGUAUUGAAACUUCGGGACUAAAGAAGAAAAAAAGUUCAACAAAAAUAAACUUCUUGGUUUUUCAAUGAUAAUAGUUACAUGCUACUUGCAACAAUACUUGAUGGAACUUUAAUAUUAUGCACAAUUGAGAAUAAGUAGUGAGAAAUAUACAGGGUGAAUUAUAAGUUCAUACUUUAGACAGAAACUCAAAAAUAAGAAACUGACAUUAAUUUGUUCCAAAAUGUACCCAAUGUGAAACUGUCUAACUUAAAUAAUGUGUUAAAAGUGGCCUCCAUUUACUUCAAUACAAGAUGCCAUAAAUCACCCGUAUCCCUAGCCUGUUGAGCCAUAUUAAUGAAUGUUCUGGGACAUUGAAAAGCGUUUACACCAAUGCAGCAGGUUCAUUUUAAAGACACUCACUUUAAAAAAGGAAUAAUCCAUAAGUUCAUUGUUGUCAUAAUUUAUCUUACUAAACAAUUUAAAUUCACUACUUUAGAUACGCUGCUGAAAUCACACGCGACUGAAAUUACACGCGACUCUCUCUAAUUUUUGAGUUUUUUAAAGAAAGUUAUUUGAAAAGAUGUUCAUUUAAAUGACUUCUAUACAUAGUAAAGAAACUUAGGAUUUAUCAUGUAUAUUUAAACCCAAAAUUUGAAGAAUAAUAUUGCACAAAAGCAUCAUUUAACUACCAUUUGAACAUUUUGGGAGUUUAUUUUUAGUGAUUUUGAUGGUAGUUAUUAACAAAAC